AUGUCGGUUGUUUAUUUAGUACUGACUAUAGCCUCCCUAUAUCCAAAUGAAGCAGCAGAAUGGACUACGUGGACAACAUGGUCACCGUGCUCAGUUUCCUGUGGAGAUGGUGUCAUUGAUAGAGCUAGGACCUUGAUACCAGGCCCAGGUGAACCACAGUCGGAUAAUCCGAUAACAAUGACAGAUAAAUAUUCCUGUUACAGUGGUAUCUGUCCUGUUGAUGGCAAAUGGACAAGAUGGGGAUCAUGGAGUGAAUGUAGUAAAGCUUGUGGUGGAGGAGAAAGGAAGAGAUUUAGAUCUUGUAACAAUCCUAAACCAACAGCAUCUGGAGAAAAAUGUAAAGGUCUCAACUGGGAGAAAGAAGAUUGUAACAAAGUGGAUUGUCCACCGACACCAACUAAUUUUGAUAUGAGUAUAUGUAAUGAAUCGUAUUUUGAAUGUGAUAGUGCUACCAUGUGUAUACCUAUAGAUGAGCAAUGUAAUGAAUUAGUACAGUGUGAUGAUGGUAGUGAUGAAGUCAAAUGUGAUGAAGUACUUAGAGUACGAGAAGGGGGUGUCAGAUAUUCUACAGCUGAUGGUAACGGUUCUGGAAAAACAGAAAUUUUGUCAGUGGUUCUUGGAUUUGUGUUUUUACUGACAUUAAUGUUAAUAUUACAUUAG